CUCCCGAACAGCUUCAAUUCGGCCGAAUCCCUUUCCAAUCUUCGACGGGAUCGAAUCUAGUCGCGAAGAAAUCCGUCGCAAUGGCCGCCGUCGAUAUGUCUCUUGUCGCGCGCAGCGAGGUCGCCGUCCACCACCUCAUCAAGCGAAAGAACUGGGCCGCCAGGGAACCCGGUGUCAUUCUCGUGUUCUGUAUUGUCGGUGCCGUCGCUAUCCUAUUGAUUGGUCUGUUCGUCCAGAAGAAGAUGGCCGCCCGCAAAGCCGCGAAGCAGUAAAGAUACCCCGUCGACGCCGUAAUGAGGUGGGCUUGGUCACGAAGGAUGAGACGGAGGCAGAGCCGGACAUUGUAAAUGAAUGGACACUGGAGCACACAGAUGCUGGAUCCUGCAAAAGAGAUAGAUAUAUGGAGAUCUAUCGACUUUUGGAUAAGAUCUUA